AUGGAGGAGAGAAAUGAUGGUGAGAAGCUAGAUGAAGUCCUCCUACCAGGUUUUAGGUUUCAUCCAACUGAUGAAGAACUUGUAGGGUUUUAUCUCAAGAGAAAGAUUCAACAACGCCCUCUCUCUAUUGAGCUCAUCAAGCAAAUAGACAUAUAUAAAUACGAUCCAUGGGAUCUUCCAAAACUGGCGACUACGGGGGAGAAAGAAUGGUACUUCUACUGCCCGAGGGACCGGAAAUACAGAAACAGUGCAAGGCCUAACCGAGUAACCGGAGCUGGGUUUUGGAAAGCCACCGGAACCGAUCGACCCAUCUACUCAUCGGAAGGCUCCAAGUGCAUUGGCUUGAAGAAAUCACUUGUUUUUUACAAGGGAAAAGCGGCCAAAGGUAUUAAAACUGACUGGAUGAUGCAUGAGUUCCGGUUACCUUCUCUUACUGACUCGGCGCCACCAAAGAAAUUCAUGGACAAAAGCAACAUUCCUGCCCAUGAAUCUUGGGCGAUAUGCCGGAUAUUCAAGAAAACAAAUUCUAAUGCACAAAGAGCUCUCUCUCAUUCAUGGGUCUCUUCCUUACCUGAAACCAUAACCACCACUAAUGAUAUUCAGGUUAAAGGUUCAUACAACACUCAGAUCGGUUCAGAGAAUAUGUUAUUGACGGGUAAAACGCGUUCAUCUCUCCAUUUUGAUUACAUUAACAACAAUAUGCAGUAUUCAUCACCUACCACUACUACAACAUUUUCUACUUUCGAUCAUAUCGUCCCCUUCAAACCCAUCAAUCCAAUGCCUAAUAAACCUCAACAACUGUCCGUUUCAACCGGAGAUCUCGCCACUAACUACUUAUUUUCACCUUUCGAAAUGCCCACUCCCGCUAUAUUUUCACCCAUGCUCGGAGAUAUUGGUAAGACUUCAGAGCAGUGUUUAGAUUUUGGAGGAUCACAAGAGCAGUGUAGUGGGUUCUCAACAAGUGUUUUACCACAUGAAAUGCAAGUUGUGAAUAUGAACAAUAAUGGAGAGGAAUAUGCUUAUGCAAAGAAUCAAAAUGUGAUGCAGCAAGUUGACGAUCAGUGGACGAAUAGUGUUCGAUCCAUUGGGUUUCCGUUGAGUUUGCCAAUGAGUAUGGGUGAAGCUUGGAAGCCUAGCAUAUUGUGGGAUUCUUCAUCGUGCCCAAGCGAUAUGCCCACAUGUGUUUCCACAAAGUGCUACACUUAG